AUGCUGUACAUUAUCGGGCUGGGACUCGCCGACGAGCGCGAUAUCAGCGCACGAGGCCUCGAAAUCGUGCGCCGCGCCGAACGCGUGUACCUCGAAGCAUACACCGCAGUCCUCCUCGUCGACAAGGAGCAGCUCGAAGCUUACUAUGGCCGCUCCAUCAUCGUCGCCGACCGCGAAAUGGUCGAGUCGCAGUCCGACGCCAUCCUCGACGGCGCCGCCGAGAAGGACGUGGCCUUUCUCGUCGUCGGUGACCCCUUCAGUGCCACCACACACACCGACUUCGCUCUGCGCUGUCGACAGAACGACCCGCCCAUCCCGUACAGGACGCUGCCGAACGCCAGCAUCCUGACAGCCGUGGGCGCAACGGGACUGAGUCUGUACAACUUUGGCCAGACCGUCUCUAUGGUCUUCUUCACCGACACCUGGAAACCGGACAGCUUCUACGAUCGUGUUGCUGAAAACUCCGCUCUCGGACUUCACACACUCGUGCUGUUGGACAUUAAGGUCAAAGAGCCCAAUCUGGAGGCGCUGGCGAGAGGAAAGACUGUCUACGAGCCCCCGCGCUUUAUGACGGUAGCGCAGUGCGCGGAGCAGAUGCUCGAGGUGGAGGAGAAGCGGAAUCAAAACGUGUGUGGUAAGGAGAAGUUGGCGGUGGGCGUGGCACGCUUGGGUAGCGAAGGAGAGCAGAUCGUCGCAGGUACGCUGGAGGAGCUGGCGCAAGCAGAUCUGGGGAGGCCCCUACACAGUCUAGUAUUGUGUGGGUCGAGAAUGCACGAGAUGGAAUGGGAGUAUAUGCGCGACUUCGCUGUCGACAAGGAGAAGUUUGACGCAAUCUGGAAGAGGGACUACGCCGCUCAUGCGUAA